AUGGAGCCUGGAAAUGAUACAAAAACUUCACAUUUUCUUCUUCUGGGAUUUUCAGAGGAAGCCAGACUGCAGCCCUUCCUGUUUGGGGUGUUCCUGUCCAUGUACCUGGUCACCAUGCUUGGGAACCUGCUCAUCAUCGUGGCCACCAUCUCAGACUCUCUCUUCCAAAUGCCCAUGUACUUCUUCCUCUCCAACCUCUCCUUCGUUGACAUCUGCUUCAUCUCCACCACGGUCCCAAAGAUGCUGGUGAAUCUACAGACACACAGUAAAGCUAUAACCUACGAAGGCUGCCUCACCCAAAUAUACUUUUUUGAACUUUUUGCAGUAACAGACAUUUUUCUGCUGACCGUGAUGGCCUACGACCGGUUUGUGGCCAUCUGCCACCCCUUGCACUACACUGUCAUCAUGAACCCUCAGUUCUGUGGAUUACUGGUUCUGGUUUCCUGGGUCAUAAGUAUCUUGAAUUCUUUUUUACAUACAUUGCUGGUGUUGCGGGUGUCCUUCUGUACAGAUGUGGAAAUUUCCCACUUUUUCUGUGAAUUUAUACUGGUGGUCCACCUUGCCUGUUCUGAUACUUUUCUUAAUGACAUGGUCACGUAUUUUGCAGUUGUGCUGGUGGGUGGUGGAACCCUUUCUGGUAUCCUUUACUCUUACUCUAAGAUUGUUUCCUCCAUCUGUGCCAUUUCAUCAGUUCAGGGGAAGUAUAAAGCCUUUUCCACCUGUGCCUCUCACCUCUCUGUUGUUUCCUUAUUUUAUUCUACAAGCGUGGGUGUGUACCUUAGUUCUGCUUCUAAACAGAACUCGCACUCCAGGGUAGUAGCCUCUGUGAUGUACAGCAUAGUCACCCCCAUGCUAAACCCUUUCAUCUACAGUCUGAAGAAUAAAGACAUAAAGAGAGCUCUGCAAAAAUUCCUUAGGGGCAAGGAAUAA